UCCCACUUCCUCCGCACAAUGCAGGCUGCCAGCCGAGCGGGGCAGUGGCAGCAGCCGCCCCCCCUCCGCCGAGCCCCCGGCCCGGCCCCGUAGAGAUGCUCCGGAGGAAGCACCGCGCUCCCGCCGCAGGAAGGCCAGCUCACCUCUCCCAUCGCACCCCCUGGUCGGGACGCCGGCAGCAACGUAUAAAUGGCCUCGAAACGGCACUUGGAGUCUCUGGACCCCGUGAUUUUCAACAAGCUACCUCGGCUGGAGGCAGAGCCCACUGCUGGCUUCCCCGCCGGCAUCUGCAAAUCCAGCUCUGUGCCCAACCCCAGCUCCGAAAACCAUUUCAACUACAAGGGCUCCUACUUCACCUGCCUGUUGCAAAGUCCCGACGGCCCCGAGCAACCCCUGGCGCGCUGGAGCCCGGCGGCCACGUACCUGCACUACGGCACCGGCGGCCAGCCCGUGCCGGCAGAGGGGCCGCUGGUGAGCUGCCUGCUGUACCGACCCGAGAGCCUGGGGACGGGGCUGCAGCCCCUGGGCACUGAAAAGGGCAAGGACAGCCUGAUGCGGGAGCUGCUGAUGGCACAGGAGAAGUGGAGUAGCCCGCCGCCGGCUCCGGGUCAUCCCUUCCCGGUGAAGAAACCGGUGGCGGUGAACAAGACGGCCCCCCUGGCUGUCCCCAAACCGGUGUACAGAGCCCCGGCGUGCUUUGUGGAGCCCAGGAUGGCCCUGCCGCUGGGAGCCCGGGCGGAGAGCCUGCAGCAGAGACCGGGGGACGCAGACUGGGCUCUGCCCACCGCCGCCCCCGCCACCCACCCUCUCCACCCCGGCGAGCCCCGCGGCGGCACCGGGCUGCACAAGAGGGUUCCCCACUCCAACCCCAGCUUCCUGCCGCUGCACCCCAGCCUGGCGCUGCCUGCCAAGGAGAAGUUGGGCUCCCCGGUCGCCUUCUCCCCCUACUACGCUGCCUUUGAAAAAUACAGAGUCCCCCCCAGCACCCCCUUUCUGGAAGCCAGCUGCCCCGUUGCCCAUGGCCAGAGGAAGGUGCCCGAGGUCCCCAGCCUCAGCCCGGACCCCUGGUCCAAGCUCCAGCCGCCCACCGCCAGCCCAGCGUACCGGGAGAGGCCACCGGCGUGCUACCCGCACACCCACUACCCACUGCCCCUCCAGAAAGCCGCCCUCCUCUACCAACCCCCGGCUCCCGCCGUGGAGGCGCAGCCCAGCACCCUGCCCGGCGCCUACAAAGCCUUUGGCUUUGCGGAAAGCAGGGAACCCUUUCCCAGCUCUUACCUUAAACCCCAAGCCCCGAGGAGCUACUUUCCCAACCCCUUGGACGCUUACGUGCCGAGGGUAGCCGAUGCCGGCGCAGUGGCAUCGCCGCCCACCAAGCCGGCGGCGCUGCCGAGGGAUGCCGAGCCACCGCGGCGAGCCGGCUACUUGCCGAGCCCCGGCUUCGCCUUCGGCCCCGGCGAUGCGGCCGUAUUCGGCACCUCUUUCGCCGGCAUGGAGCCGGGCUGCGGGCGGCACCGGGUGGAAAGUCCUCGGCAGCGGACGGCGGCGAGGCACAACAGCGCUUUCCAACCCGUCUGUGCCCCGGAGAAGGUGCCUGGGGGCUCCGGUGGGCUUGCAGAGACGUUUCCCAAAGGAGAGGGGUGCUGGGUGAAGCAGGAACCCCCCUACCCGGGGAGGAGGAUCAGCCCGGUCUCCCCAGAGACCCCCCGCGGGAGUCCACCGGCUCCCGUCAUUGUAGGGAAGGGAGAUGCCUGCAAGGUCAAGGAUGCGGGCAAGGAGCUCGUCCCCCCUUCUCCGGCCACCCCUUCCCCAGAGGGGCUGAAAGACCCGAGGGGUGGCGAGGUUUCUCCUUCCUCCCCACCCAUGCCAGUGAUCAACAACGUUUUCAGCCUGGCGCCUUACCGAGACUACCUGGAGGGGACCGAGGGCUCAGCCCAGGUCCCCUUCUGCAGGGAGCAUCUGCGGGGGGACACCCCACCCCGAAACGUGGGGGGGAGCCGGGAGCCCGCAGCCCUCGGAGACGUCUCGGCGAUAUCCAGCCUGCUGCCCACGGGCACGGCGACCGGCCGGGCGCCGAAGCUGGGCGGCGGUGUGGUCCAGAGCCGAGGAGAAAGCUGUUACGGAAGGGUCCCCGAAAAGCCGAAGGUGGUGCCCCAAGACCCAGGGUCUCAAGAGGGCAGCCCUGGUGGGGUGGGGAGCAGGGAGCCAGCCCCCGAGGACAUCGUGCUGGACCUCAGCUUGAAGAAGAGACUGGUGAAAGCCGGGGAGACCCAGGGACCCGUCAGCCGCACGAAGGGGACGCCGGACGGGGAGGAUGCGGAGGAGGAGAAAGAGGGUCCAGGGGGGAAGGCGGGGGUGGGAGAGAGUGCCAAGCCCCAGGUGCUGCCCUUGCUGUUCGAGGUGGGCUCUGGGGACAAGAGCAACUUCCAGAGCUCCGCCACCUUCAUGUUCAAAAAAUACAAGAUCCUGCGCUCCCUCCCGCCCAGCACCGUGCCCCCCCGGCAGCCCGGCAGCCCCUGCACCCCCCAACCCAGCCCGCCACUGCCGACCCCAUCCGGCAGCAUCCCCACGCCGCCGCCACAGACCCGCACCACCUCCCCACCGGCCAGCAGCCCCCCGGCCCCACGAACUGGCCCCCAGCCCAGCCCCUCUGCUCUGCGGGGGGCUCGCCCGGACCCUCCGCAGCCCCCGCUGCCUGACCCCCCCCGUGCGCUGGGAGAGGAGAGCAUCUCGGUGCCCGGGCAGUGCGAGGUCCCUGCCCAGCAGACCUCCACCGGCCAGUAUUUCACCACCCUGCACACCUCACUCUGCGAUGUUAUUUCAUGCUCCGUGGCCAGGUCCUCCCCGGAGCUCCUGCGGGAGUGGUUGAAGAAGGCAGAGCCGGCGGAGGAGCUCGGAGAGAUGCCCAAAUCCCCCCCCAAACCCAAGAAUGGCUCCAAGAUCCCCGAACCUCAGAAGCCCACCAAAGGCAAGGAGAUCUGGCUGGCUUUCCAAGACGUGGCCACUCUCCUCACCAACUUGCUGUCUCUGCUGGAGACCUUCAUGUUUGCUCGCAAGUGUCCUUUCCCUCACGUAGUCCGGGCGGGGGCCAUCUUCAUCCCCAUCCACGUGGUGAAGGAGAAGCUCUUCCCCAAGCUGCCCGGGGCCUCCGUUGACCAAGUGCUGCAGGAGCACAAGGUGGAGCUGCGCCCCACCACGCUCUCAGAGGAGAGGACCUUGAGGGACCUGGAGCUGAAGAGCUGCACGUCACGUAUGCUGAAGCUCCUGGCACUCAAGCAGCUCCCCGACAUCUACCCUGACCUGCUGAACCUCCAUUGGCAUGACUCCAUCAGGCAGCAGCUCGGUUCAAGCUCGCAGGCCGGCCAGCACCCCUCCAAGUAGCCCUGGCGUGGAGGCACCGACGUGGCAAAGCGACGGCCACGGACAGCACGAAGGGAAAGGAGGCACUACGGAGCGUGUCGAGGGCGAGAACCGAGCCGCCCACCCGCCAGGACGGGAAAGAGAAGGUGUCCCCCCCCUCGUCCCCAAAGCAGGGUCCCCUCCCGGCAGCCAUGGGGGUGCUAAGCCAAAGCAGGCGAUCCCCAGCGGACCCGCGGGGGGAAGAUGCUCGGGCACCCGAGGACGGGGACGGGUCCGCCCAGGAUGCCGGCGGUCCUCGCGGGGACCCUCCGAGGGACAAUGCUCGGGGUGGGGAACAGCGAACCCAGUGAAUUAGGAGGGAGCGGCCGGAUUUCCAGCGGAGCCGGAGCAGCGGUUGUAACCCGCAAGGGGAGCGUGGAAACGGAGAAAAGCUGGCUGCCGCGGGGGGUGAUUUAUCACGGUCCCUCCUCUCGCCCCUAGCUCGCCCCUCCUGCUUUACGCAUGCCGUUCCCAAUAAACGAGCCUUCCUCCUGGAUUUUAAUCUGUAAAGUGCUACCGAGACUUAACCACAGCGUUCAGGGUCAAGGGAAUCGCAACUUCUGUAGUUACAGGACUUAUUUUUGUUGUUGUUUUAAAGGAAGACAUUUUUAAAAUGUUACGGAUUUACCUUUAUAAGGAGCUGCUGCCUUCAGGUUAUGUGGUUGUUGGUUGUUUUUUUUUUUAAAAAAAAAAAAGAAAAAAUAUAGUAAUUUAUACUUGUCUUUUUAUUUAAACUCACGGUUUCAUCUGUUUAUACUGUGCCGGACCGAAGCGGCGGGAGCGAUGCUGAGAGUUUCGGUCCCGAUCGUAGCUGGAAAAAGGCUGUGAGAAAGAUGUAAAGACUGUUAAAGAAAACCAAACCACUUUACGACACGGAUUCCAGCUGUCCCGAAGGAGAACGUGGGAGAUGCGCGUUUGGGGACGACAGAGACGCGGUGACCCCGCUGUGACUCCGGCAAUACACAGCAGAGGCCUUACAAACUCGACACUCAGGUGUUUUUCCAGCUGAUGCGGGGCGUGGAGGAACAAAAUGAGGAUUUUUAUUAUUUUUUUAUUUCACUACAGGAAAUAUUUAUUUUAAACUAAGAAAAUGCGAGGGGGGGGGGGGUUAAUAAAAAAAGAAAACCCAACCAAAAAAAAAACCUACCCAAACUGUACCAUAAACUGGGUUUUUUGGCCAAAAGGUGUGUUUGCCGGCCUGGGGAGGUGUUUUCUGCAGGUGCCUUUCUGGUUUUCUACUGGGAUGUACUGGCCGUGCGGGGGACAGGGAAGGGGGGGGCUGCCGUUCUCCUCGCUCGCCCUCCCUUGCCACGCUGGGUCUGCACGUAGCCUCGUAAAAUGAUUUGGAAAGCAGUGUUUGUUAUAAUAUUGUAAUUUUUUGUAAUAUAUGUGUGUGUAUAUAUAUAUAUAUAAGGUUCCAGGGGAGAAAGUUUCUUCGCUUUAUUUAAUAUUUUGUAAGAAUCUGAAUUUUAAGAGGUGCCUUG